ACGGAAAAGAGCCCUAACUCUUUCCGGCUGAGCUUCCGAGUUUUGCAGAUGUGUCCCAGACUUGCUAAACUUGCACUUCUUCAACAACUAAGUGACUCUUUCUCGCGGUUUAUGUCAUCCGCAGUGUGUACAUACAGGAGGAAGAUUUUAAAGUGAUCUUGUAUCUUUUUAAAUAAACGUUUAUAUUGUAUGCCCCGUUGAAACAAACCUGUCUGCCUAGAUUGAAGCUAAGUUAGCCAGGCUAACCUGUCCAUGGCUCCUGUCCGGGUCUUGUGCAUCCAUGGUUACCGUCAGAACAGCGGCUCGUUCCGUGAAAAGACGGGAGCUCUGCGGAAGCUCUUGAAGAAACAAGUGGAGCUUGUUUAUCUGAGUGCACCGCACAGUGUGCAGCAAGCUACUAGUGAAGAUGCUCCAGAAAAGGAGAAUAAUUCAGGAGCUGGACCGGGAGGUGAUGAGGACCCAAAGGGAUGGUGGUUUUCUGACAUCCAGGCCAGAAGUUUCAGCGCUCAGCAGGAGUGUGAGGAGAGCCUGGGCCUUGAGGAGAGUGUGUCCGUUGUUAGAGAAGCUGUGAAGGUCAAGGGCCCGUUUGACGGCAUCCUGGGCUUCAGUCAGGGAGCAGCUUUUGUGGCCAUGCUGUGCUCUCUUCAGGAGCGAAAACUAGAGCCGGAUUUCAGCUUCCGCUUUGCCAUCCUAGUCGCUGGUUUCCGCAGUGCCUGCAAUGAACACCAACAAUUCUACAACGCCCCCCUCCAGAUCCCCUCCUUGCAUGUAUUUGGACUUGAAGAUCGAGUCAUCUCGGACAAGCUGAGCAGGGAGCUCGUCCCGAGCUUCCAAGACCCUGAGGUCAUGACACAUCCUGGUGGCCAUUUUGUUCCUGCAGCAUCUGCUCAUAGGCAAACCUACCAGGACUUUCUCAAGAGGUUUCAGUGACAAACAAACAUCAAACGACAUUAUUUGGUUGAAGAGCUUUAAUUCAGGGAAACUCAACCACCAGAAUAUGACAAGGGAAUGUUGAUAAUUUAUUGUUCAGGAAAUCAUGGGGUACUUACAUGUAAUUAGAUCCAGAGUCACUUUGGUUAAGAUGCUAAAUGUUGACUCUUGACGUUUGUCUCAAAAAGCUUUGUCCUAAUCUGAUCUGAUGAACCCAAACAGUACAAUGACUGCUGUUCUUCUCGGGAUAGAUCUCAGAGUACAAGCCAUUAAUAAAUGAAUAAAUGUUUACAUACUGUA